AGCAGCUUCACACCAUGUUUGUUCCAGCUCUGUUCAUCUGUAUUGUGCUGAGAGCACUCGGUGCUCAGGCAAAAGUAGCCGAAGACUUUGAGUGUGAAGAAUUUUUCUACAAAAAGACAGAACCGGGGGGAAUGGAUCAGAAUGCCAAGAAAAUCUGUCAGUAUUUGGCAAACUUUGGCCCUAUUUAUGCUACGCUGUACUCGGUUUAUCACAGGAUUCCUCUCUACAGUGCCUACCUAUUUGACCCUCAAUGCUCAACUGACAGUGGAAGAGCAAACGUAUGGCAUUUAGAGCCACAGCUUUCCAAACCUGAUGAUCCAUACUAUAUGGUCCGUGAGACUCAAAAAAAUAAAAAGGAAUAUAAAGAAAAACAAGCCACCAGCGAUGACUACAGCGACACCGGAUACGAUCGUGGACACCUGUACCCGAACAGCUUCCAGUGUGGUGAAGGCCGUAUGGCAACAAAUACGCUGACCAACGCGGCACCUAUGGACGCGUGUUUCAACCGGAACCAAUGGAAAAAGUGGGAGAAUAAAUUGAGGACAUUUUUACGAGACACUCUUGAAAGUGACAAUAAUGCUGCUACAGCCUACAUUGUCACAGGUACAGUAACUGAUGUGAAUCAACGGAUACCACAAAAAGAAAUCUCUGAUGACCCUGAAAUCUCUGAAGACACUGAAAGAGUGACGGUGCCCUCUCGCAUCUGGACGGCUGUCUGUUAUGAACACCACUUAGAUGACAGUAAGUCUUUCUCCUUCGGCUAUAUAGGGAAAAACAACCCGGAAGGUUACAUAAGCCUGAUGAGCGUCUCAGACCUGAACAGACAAAUACAAAAUCUCUAUAGUCAGACCUCAGAAAUUACAAUUUUUGCGGAUGAUUGUUUUGGUGACAAUAAUAAAUUAGAGAAGGUUAAGGCUGAAUUUCAGACAUUAAUCAAUCAACAAGUGAGCCUUGGAGUCCAAUUGGACCCAUCCAAUCAAAACGAGUAUCUCACAGUAAAAACGGCUGUCAGCAGUGACGGCACACCUGUAAAGAAAUUCAAGAUGAGUGAGAUGACAGUACAAUUAGUCUUUGACAGCAUGAGCACUUACCUCACUGAAACAGAGUAUCUGAAGGAUUCUUUUAAAACUGAUUGUCUUAUAAAUCAGGCCAAACCACUAAGGAAUCACAUCAGUAAAAGGGACAUAUCAAAGGAGGCGGAUGCUGUCGAAUGCCUGCUGGUCCCAGAGAAGCAGAAGACUGCAGCUGAUGGAUCACAGUGCUUGAGCGUCUCAGAAUCUAGUGACGGCUGUCAGUGCAGCACAGGAGGAGGAAUUAAGCUCUGCUGCUCCACUCCCUGCCUGUUCCAGGACAAUCACAAUUCCUACAGGUGUUACUCAGGCCAAACGCUGACCGAAUGCUCACCUCAGUACUCCCUCAUCACGCAUACAGGAGAGAGAUGCAAGGAUGAUCACCCAUGUGCCACAUACGGUGAGGACUACUACUGGUGUUACAAAAUAUCUGGCAGCUGGGACUACUGCAGCCCUCCGCUGUGGACGAGUAAAGCUAUAAACGGGAAGUACUGCCGCAACAACCACGCCUGUGCCAACUAUGGUUAUGAAUAUAUGUGGUGCUACAUGGAUUAUGACAACAACUGGGAUUACUGCUGUACUUCUGAUGACUGCUACUCCGCUAAGAAUGGCCAAACCUGCAGGUCUGAUCACCCCUGUGGCUACCAUGGUGAAAAUUACCUGUGGUGCUACACGGAUUUUAAUGACAACUGGGUUCACUGUUGCAGUUCAUGUCAGUGAUAGUUGGUUUACAAUGUGUGGUAUGAUUAUGACUAAAGCAGGUCUUGGAAAAUUUGAUUGUGAUUGUACUUUGAGCUCUUACUAACCUACAAACUAUCUAACAAAAAAAUAAAGCCUCUUAUUUGUGCUCCUGAAAUUAACAGCAGCUUGGAAUGUAUUUUUCUUCUCGAGUAUAUGUACGCAAAAACAAAAAGCUCAAUAAAAAUA